AUGGCGCCGGAAAGCGUACGGGGAUCCGUGGCGUCGUGCUCAGCGCAUCCCAGCCCACGCCCGGCGCAGAUCGUCAACCCCCGCGUGCGCCCAUCCCUGCCCGAACAUCGCCGUCAAAAGAUCGGCAGAUCCCAUGGUAGGCGGGAUCGUCGCUGCGUGGCCGUGAGCGCAGUGGCCGCCAAACCCGCGGAGAAGGGAAAACGGAAGAAGGGGAAAAAGGGGGAGGAGGGGGAGGCUGAAGAGGGGAUCUCGCCCGACGUGGCCAGGGAGCUGUACUACGACAUGUACCUGGGGCGGGAGUUCGAGGAGAUGUGCGCGCAGAUGUACUACCGGGGGAAGAUGUUCGGCUUCGUGCACCUGUACUCGGGCCAGGAGGCGGUGUCCAGCGGGGCGAUCAGGCUGCUGAGGCCGGACGACUACGUGUGCUCGACGUACCGUGACCACGUGCACGCGCUGAGCAAGGGCGUACCGGCGAGGGAGGUGAUGGCGGAGCUGUUCGGCAAGCAGACGGGCGUGUGCAGGGGCCAAGGGGGAUCGAUGCACAUGUUCUCCAGGAAGCACAACUUCCUUGGAGGAUUUGCCUUCAUCGGGGAGGGCAUCCCAGUGGGUCUGGGGGCGGCUUUUCAGACCAAAUACCGCAGGGAAGCCCUUCAAGAUGAGAGUGCUGACCAAGUGACAUUGUCCUUCUUUGGCGAUGGUACCUGCAACAAUGGCCAAUUUUACGAGUGCCUCAACAUGGCGGGCCUGUACAAACUGCCACACAUCUUCGUGGUGGAAAACAACAAAUGGGCCAUCGGGAUGUACCACAAUCGAGCGACGGGGCCAUCUUUUGGUGACACGGUUCCCAACAUCUAUAAGAAGGGGGAGCCGUUUGGAAUGCCUGGCAUCCAUGUCGAUGGGAUGGACAUUGUGAAGGUGCGCGAGGCAGUGAGCAAGGCAGUGGCAAGGGCCCGGGCUGGUGAUGGCCCCACCCUCAUAGAGUGCGAGACGUACCGCUUCCGUGGCCACUCCCUGGCCGACCCUGACGAGCUGAGGACCCAGGAAGAGAAGGAGCGGUACGCAAAACGGGAUCCCAUCCCAGCCUUCCGGAAGUAUGUGCUGGACAACAAGAUCCUGACUGAAGCAGACUUGAAAGACAUCGAGAAGCAGGUGGUGGAGUGCGUGGAGGACUCUGUGCAGUUUGCGGAAGCCAGCCCCAAGCCGGAGAAGGGCCAGCUACUGGAGAACGUGUUUGCAGACCCGAGGGGAUUCGGCACUGCCCCAGAUGGAGGCUACCGAUACGAACAAGCUGGUUUCACGUCGGGAACGGCACAAGUCUCAUGA